AUGGCGGGGGUUGCCGCAGCGGGGCAUGAGGGCCACGGCGGGCGGAGGCGGGGCGAGCGGCGAGCGUCGUGCAGGGCGGAGGAAGUGGCCGCGGGGCAAAGUGGCAGAGGCGACGGCGGUCGCGGGCGAGCACAGAAUGGAGGGGCGGGGGCGGCGCGGCGGAGCGUGGGGCGGUGCAGGGGCGAGGUGAGCGCAGGGAGGAGGGGCGCCCGUGCGUGCGGGUGGCCGCGGCGAGUGGAGCGGCAGAGCGAGGCGAGGCUCGGGCGCACGCGCGGGGGCAGGGCGCGGGGCGCGGCCCCGAGCGGCGAGCAAGGGAGGGGACGAGCACGGGGCGAGGGAGAGAGAGGAGGGGCGCGGCUCACGGCGGGUUAG